UUGUCGACUGGGGGGAAGUUUCAACUGGCCUACGUUAAAGGAAUGUGUUGAGUACCGGAAGAAGAUACGGUAUGUAGUUCGUAAAGUCAUUCAGGAGACUGUACUAGAGCUUCCAAUAACAAUGGACAGUCCUUGGGUAAGGAGAUAAAUAUUCUUCCAUUUGAUUUAAGAUACAAAGAGUUCUAUGGUGGAGGAAAAUGUACUGUUUAGUCAACUCUGUUCAUCCCUCAUUCAAACUCUCUGCUACUAUUAACAAAAAUAAAGCAAUAUGGAAGUUAGGCUGAAGUCAGGGAAAUUCCAGGUGACGUUAUGUUGGUGGCAUACCUUAGCGAACUUUACUAAUAAUAAUUAAUAAUAUUAUAUAUUAACUUUAUUACUAAUAAUAAGCCUUCCCCAGGGUGGAGAGUGCUUCAAUGGACAAUAUAGAGGCAACUUUAAGUGCACCUUAUUUCAUAGCCUGAGAAGGUCUGAUGUACAAGUGUAAAAGGAGGCUUGAUUUUCACCCGAUCCAUGCAAUAUCUGACUUGGGUAUUUGACACAGGAUGGGAAAGGAGACUUGUACCGGCAUUCUUCCAUGCUAGCAUGGGGUACCUGAAAUAAAACCCUGUUCCAUUCCCCACACUAAUGACCUCACUUUAAAGGCUCUGGACACUAACAAUGAUGUAAUCAACAAUAAAAGCUGUUGGAUGGGAGUUUUUCUUUGUGACUAAACAGGUUGUCUGUUUCUUGUAAAAUGAACCUAAUCAAAUGUGAAACUUCAGCAAAGGCACAACUUCGAGGUUUGAAGGGCCUUUUCCUGUGCUGUAAUUUUGCACGUUUUUAAGUCCCUUAACCCAGAGUUCAGCUCAGCUCUUAGAAGGGACAUCUCUGUGAUGAACUUUCUCCUUUUCUUAAAUAAGACUAUAAGACUAUAAGACAUAGGAGCAGAAUUAGGCCAUUUGACCCAUCGAGUCUGCUCUGCCAUUCAAUCAUGGCUGAUCUUUUUUUCUAUCUCCUCCACAACCCCAGUUCCCAGCCUUCUCCCCGUAACCUUUGAUGCCAUGUCCAAUCAAGAACUUAUCAAUCUCUACCUUAAAUACACCCAAUGACCUGGCCUCCACAGCUGCAUGUGGCAACAAUUACCACAAAUUCACCACCCUUUGGCUAAAGAAAUUUCUCUGUAUCUCUGUUUUGAAAGGACACCCCUCUAUCCUGAAGCUGUGCCCACUUGUCCUAGACUCUCCCACCAUGGGAAACAUCCUUUCCACAUCUACUCUGUCUAGGCCUUUCAACAUUCGAAAGGUUUCAAUGAGAUUCCCCCUCAUCCUUCUAAAUUUCAGCAAGUACAGACCCAGAAUCAUCAAACAUUCCUUAUGUGAUAACCCUUUCAUUCCUGGAAUCAUCCUUGUGAACCUCCUCUGGACCCUCUCCAAUGCCAGCACAUCUCUUCUAAGAUGAGGAGCCAAAAACUGUUCACAAUACUCAAGGUGAGGCCUCACCAGUGCCUUAUAAAGCCUCAGCAUCACAUCCUUGCUCUUGUAUUCCGGACUUCUUGAAAUGAAUGCUAAUAUGGCAUUUGCCUUGCUCACCACCGACUCAACCUGCAAGUUAACCUUCAGGGUGUUCUGCACAAGGAAUCCCAAGUCCCUCUGCAUCUCAGAUUCCUGGAUUUUCUCCCCAGUUAGAAAAUAGUCCACACAUUUAUUUCUAUUACCAAAGUGGAUGACCAUGCAUUUUCCAACAUUGUAUUUCAUUUGCCACUUUCUUGCCCAUUCUCCUAAUCUGUCUAAGUCCUUCUGCAUCCUAUCUGUUUCUUCAGCACUACCUGCCCCUCCACCAAUUUUUGUAUCAUCUGCAACUUGGCAACAAAGCUAUCUAUUACAUCAACUAAAUCAUUUAUAUACAGCAUAAAAAGAAGGGCUCCCAACACUGACCCCUGCAGAACACCUCUAGUUACCAGCAGCCAACCAGAAAAGGUUCCUUUUAUUCCCACCUGCUGCCUCCUACUGAUCAGCCAAUGUUCUAGCCAUGUUAGUAACUUUCCUGCAACACCAUGGGCUCUUAACUUAGUAAGCAGCCUUAUGUGUGGCACGUUAUCAAAGGCCUUCUGAAAAUCCAAAUAUGCAACAUCCACUACAUCCCCUUUAUCUAUCCUACUUGUAAUCUCCUCAAAGAAUUCCAACAGGUUUGUCAGGCAAGAUUUUCCCUGAAGGAAAUCAUGCUAGCUUUGUACUAUCUUGUCCUGUGUCACCAAGUACUCCAUCACCUCAUCCUUAACGAUUGAUUCGAACAUCUUCCCAACCACUGAGGUCUGUCUAACUGGUCUAUAAUUUCCUUUCUGCUGCCUUCCUCCUUUCUUAAAGAGUGGAGUGACAUUUGCAAUUUUCCAGUCCUCUGGCACCAUGCCAGAGUUCAAUGAGUUUUGAAAGAUCAUUUCUAAUUCCACCACAAUUUCUAAUGCUACCUCUUUCAAGGAGUCUGAGAGUCUGAGUGGGAGUGCCGAGAAAGACAUUUUUGAAAUUUUCGUUAUUUUUUUUCUCCAACGGUGUUCUGAGAGGCGGGACUGCGCAGGCGUGUGACGUUGGGCAGUGCAGCGCGGCAGAUUUAAAAGGAACAGAGCCUCAUAGAGCGGGCAGCGUAGUUUGCGGGCUGCGGAGUGAGCCGGGAGCAGAGUGAAGACUUAAGGGCUUCGGCUCAACGGGCUUAGGCGAAAACAGUGGGCAAUUUUCAUGGGAUUUGAACAUGAGCGAAUUCAUUUGGAAACUUCAUCCGUGCUAAUUCGUCAGCUGCCAAUUCACCUGGUUCAGAGGCCUCUAAACUAGAAAUAUGCCCCGUCAAAGAGUGGUUUCCAGUCAUUGGCCAACCCCCUCAUCAAAGUCUCAGCUUCCAGAGUUACUUUUGGAAAACCAAGGAAUUUCCCAUCUUAUGGCUGGGACAAUGAAUAUGGACAAAAGAUACUAGAUGUGCCGGAGUUUCAAGCUAGCAAGUACCUGAUAACAAACGGAGAAUAUUGGAAGUUUGUGCAGGAUGGAGGAUAUGUAAAGGAAAACUACUGGACUAAGGAAGGCUGGGAGUGGAGGAAGUUUCGUCAGGCUCAGCAUCCUACGUUCUGGGUCUGUACUAAAGGUACGAAUCAGUUGGAUUCUCCAACUCCGGAAGAGUUAGAACAAUAGUUCAGAAAUUGUACUGUUUCUUUCAUUACCUGACAUUGAACCUUGUGGAGCAAAUGGUAAAAAAUAUAUUAACAAAAGAAAUAUUUGAAAUGAAACCAAAGUAAGUCAGUAUUUUGACAAUAAAAGGAAUUAGUAUUAAGCAUGCGUUAGGGAACUGGAGCAGGAGCUGGAUGACCUCCAGAUCAUUCGGGAGAAUGAGGAGAUUAUAGAUAGUAGCUACAGGGAGGUGGUUACGCCAAAGGAGCAGAGCACAGGAAAUUGGGUCACUGUCAGGCGAGGGAAGAGGAAAGGGCAGGCAGAGCAGAGUUCCCCUGUGGCCAUUCCCCUCAACAACAAGUAUACCGUAUUGGAUACUGUUGGGGGGGAUGACUUACCUGGGACAAGCUGCAGUAGCCGGAUCUCUGGCACUGAGUCUGGCUCUGCAGUGCAGAAGGGAGGGUGGAAAAAGAGGAGAGUGGUAGUGAUAGGGGACUCGAUAGUUAGAGGUGCAGAUAGGAGGUUCUGUGGUCAUGACAGAGAAUCCAGGAUGGUUUGUUGCCUCCCGGGUGCCAGGGUGAAGGAUGUCUCUGAUCGCUUGCAUGACAUCCUGAAGUGGAAGGGUGAUCAGCCAGAUGUCGUGGUGCACGUCGGUACCAAUGACAUAGCAAGGAAGAGUGAGGAGGUCCUGGAGAGUGAGUAUAGAGAGCUUGGUAGGAAGUUGAAAAGCAGGACCUCGAGAGUGGUAAUCUCAGGAUUGCAACCUGUGCUAGGUGCCAGUGAGGGUAGGAAUAGGAUGCUCUGGAGGAUGAACAAGUGGCUGAGGAACUGGUGUAGGGGGCAGGGUUUCAGAUUUCAGGAUCAUUGGGACCUCUUCUGGGGCAGGUGGGACCUGUACAAGAGACACGGGUUACACUUGAACUACAAGGGGACCAAUAUCCUUUCAGGGAGGUUUGUUAGUGCUGUUGGGGUGGCCUUAAACUAGAUUUGCAGGGGAUGGGAACCAGGGUGCCAGAGCUGACAGUGUGGUUGGGGUGAAAAUAAAUGAUAUUAAAAGUUCAAGCACAGCCACAAAUAGAAAGGUUGUGAGUGGUAGUGAAAAACUUCUGAGGUGUAUAUAUUUCAAUGCUAGGAGUAUUGCAAGGAAGGCAGACUGGUUGAGGGCGUGGAUUGACACGUGGAAUUAUGACGUUAUAGCAAUUAGUGAAACUUGGCUACAGGAGGGGCAGGACUGGCAGCUUAAUAUUUCAGGGUUCCGAUGUUUCAGAUGUGAUCGAGGCAGAAGAAUGAAAGGUGGGGGGGUAGCAUUGCUUGUCAGGGAAAAUGUUACAGCAGUGCUCAGCCAGGACAGAUUAGAGGGCUUGUCUACUGAGUCCUUAUGGGUGGAGCUGAGAAACAGGAAAGGUAUGGCCACAUUAAUGGGGUUGUAUUAUAGACCACCCAAUAGUCAGCGAGAAUUGGAGGAGCAAAUCUGCAGAGAGAUAGCAGACAACUGCAGGAAACAAAAAGUUGUGGUGGUAGGGGAUUUUAAUUUCCCACAUGUUGAUUGGGACUCCCAUACUGUUAGGGGUCUAGAUGGUUUAGAGUUUGUAAAAUGUGUUCAGGAAAGUUUUCUAAAUCAAUAUAUAGAGGUACCAACUAGAGGGGAUGCAAUAUUGGAUCUCCUGUUAGGAAACGAGUUAGGACAAGUGAUGGAAGUGUGGGUAGGGGAGCACUUUGGUUCCAGUGAUCAUAACACCAUUAGUUUCAACUUGACCUUGGACAAGGAUAGAUCUGGUCCUAGGGUUGAGGUUCUGAACUGGAAGAAGGUCAAAUUUGAAGACAUGAGAAAGGAUCUAAAAAGCGUGGAUUGGGACAGGUUGUUCUCUGGCAAGGAUGUGAUCAGUAACUGGGAAGCCUUCGAAGGAGAAAUUUUGAGAGUGCAGAGCUUGUAUGUUCCUGUCAGGAUUAAAGGCAAAGUGAAUAGGAAUAAGGAACCUUGGUUCUCAAGGGAUAUUGCAACUCUGAUAAAGAAGAAGAGAGAGUUGUAUGACAUGUGUAGGAAACAGAGAAUAAAUAAGGUGCUUGAGGAGUAUAAAAAGUGCAAGAAAAUACUUAAGAAGGAAAUCAGGAGGGUUAAAAGUAGACAUGAGGUUGCCUUGGCAGUCAAAUUUGCCGAUGACACAAAGCUGGGUGGCAGUGUGAAAUGUGAGGAGGAUGUCAUGAGAAUCCAUGUGACUUGGACAGGCUGGGUGAGUGGGCAGAUGCAUGGCAGAUGCAGCUUAAUGUGGAUAAAUGUGAGGUUAUCCACUUUGGUGGUAAGAACAGGAAGGCAGAUUAUUAUCUAAAUGGAGUCAAGUUAGGAAAAGGGGAAGCACAACGAGAUCUAGGUGUUCUUGUACAUGAGUCACUGAAAGCAAGCAUGCAAAUACAGCAGGCAGUGAAGAAAGUUAAUGGCAUGCUGGCCUUCAUAACAGGGGGAAUUGAAUAUAAGAGCAAAGAGGUCCUUCUGCAGCUGUACAGGGCCCUGGUGAGACCACACCUGGAGUACUGUGUGCAGUUUUGGUCUCCAAAUUUGAGGAAGGACAUUCUUGCUAUUGAGGGCGUGCAGCGUAGGUUCACAAGAUUAAUUCCUGGGAUGGCGGGACUGUCAUAUGUCGAAAGAUUGGAGCGACUGGGCGUGUAUACUCUGGAAUUUAGAAGGCUGAGAGGGGAUCUUAUUGAAACAUAUAAUAUUAUUAAGGGAUUGGACACGCUGCAGGCAGGAAGCAUGUUCCCACUGAUGGGUGAGUCCAGAACCAGAGGCCACAGUUUAAGAAUUAGGGGUAGGCCAUUUAGAAUGGAGUUGAGGAAAAACUUUUUCACCCAGAGAGUGGUGGAUAUAUGGAAUGCUCUGCCCCAGAAGGCUGUGGAGGCCAGGUCUCUGGAUGCUUUCAAAAAAGAGAUGGAUAGAGCUCUUAAAGAUAACAGUUAUGGGGAUAAGGCAGGAACUGGAUACUGAUAGUGGAUGAUCAGCCAUGAUCACAGUGAAUGGCGGUGCUGGCUCAAAGGGCCAAAUGGCCUACUCCUGCACCUAUUGUCUAUUGUCUAUUGUCUAUUGAAGGAUAAUCCAAGAGCUUUUACGGGUAUUUUAAGAGUAAAAGGAUUGUAAGGGAUAAAAUUGGUCCUCUUGAAGAUCGGAGUGGUCGGCUAUGUGUGGAACCAAAAGAAAUGGGGGAGAUCUUAAAUGGGUUUUUUCUGUCUGUAUUUACUAGGGAAACUGGCAUGAAGUCUAUGGAAUUAAGGGAAACAAGUAGUGAGAUCAUGGAAACUGUACAGAUUGAAAAGGAGGAGGUGUUUGCUAUCUUGGGGCGAAUUAAAAUGGAUAAAUCCCCAGGACCUGACAGGGUAUUCCAUCAGACCUUGAAGGAGACUAGUGUUGAAAUUGUAGGGGCCCUGGCAGAUAAGUUUAAAAUGUUGGUGUCUACGGGUGAGGUGCCGGAGGAUUGGAGAAUGGCUCAUGUUGUUCCGUUGUUUAAAAAAGGAUUGAAAAGUAAUCUGGGAAAUUAUAGGUUGGUAAGUUUAACGUCGGUAGUAGGUAGGUUAUUGGAGGGAGUACUAAGAGACAGAAUCUACAAGCAUUUGGAUAGACAGGGACUUAUUAGGGAGAGUCAACAUGUCUUUGUGUGUGGUAGGUCAUGUUUGACCAAUCCAUUGGAGUUUUUUGAGGAGGUUACCAGGAAAGUGGAUGAAGGGAAGGCGGUGGGCGUUGUCUACGUGGACUUCAGUAAGGCCUUUGACAAGGUUCCGCAUGGGAGGUUAGUUAGGAAAAUUUAGUCGCCAGGUAUACAUGGAGAGGUGGUAAAUUGGGUUAGACAUUGGCUCAAUAGAAGAAGCCAAAGAGUGGUAGUAGAGAAUUGCUUGUCAGAGUGGAGGCCUGUGAUUAGUGGUGUGUCACAGGGAUCAGUGCUGGGUCCAUUGUUAUUUGUCAUCUAUAUCAAUGAUCUGGAUGAUAAUGUGGUAAAUUGGAUCAGCAAAUUUGCUGAUGAUACAAAGAUUGGAGGUGUAGUGGACAGUGAGGAAGGUUUUCAAAGCUUGUAGAGGGUCUUGGACCAGCUGGAAAAAUGGGCUGAAAAAUGGCAGAUGGAGUUUAAUACAGACAAGUAUGAGGUAUUGCACUUUGGAAGGACAAACCAAGGUAGAACAUAUAGGGUAACUGGUAAGGCACUGAAGAGUGCAGUGGAACAGAGGGAUCUGGGAAUACAGAUACAAAAUUCCCUAAAAGUGGUGUCACAGGUAGAUAGGGUCAUAAAGAGAGCUUUUGGUACAUUGGCCUUUAUUAAUUAAAGUAUUGAGUAUAAGAGUUGGAAUGUUAUGAUGAGGUUGUAUAAGGCAUUGGUGAGGCCGAAUCUGGAGUAUUGUGUUCAGUUUUGGUUACUAAAUUACA